AUGUCGCGUUUUAGGUUGCUGUCGCGUCUGGGGUUGUUCCUCUCUCUAGGCCUUCAGCAGAUGAUUUUCCUUUUUAAGGAAGAAGGGGAAUUUCAAGAAGGCCUUCUUUCUUCUCGGUCUGCUUUGGCUCCUGAUCUUGAGCUCACCGUUCUUGGCCGCAGACUUGGCUUCUUCUUGGAGUCCUUGCCUUUUCGAUACUUUAGGUCCCUGCCCUUGUCCUGGUCUCGACUCCCCUUUCAAUCUAGCAGGCUGGUCAAUUCAUUCUUCGACGCACUCCCGCCUCGUGUUUUUGACAGAAUUUGGUACAUUUCACGCUUCCGUCUCCGAUCGGCCACUUGCUUUGGCAAGAUCUGGUUGUGUGGAAUUUGUUUCUACUCAGCAUCUUCAUACCUUUUUAGGACUUCUUAUUCGGUCAUGGCUGCUGGCUCUGAUGUUGGCCUUUCUAAUGGAAAAGUUAAUGACCAUGUUGAUCCUCAGAGGACUUACCAAGUUGUUGUUGCUGCAACUCAAAAUAUGGGUAUUGAUUCAUCGAAGAAGAAUGCUGUUAUAAUGGGACGAAAAACUUGGGAAAGUAUUCCCCUCGAGCAUCGUCCUCUUCCAGGUCGGCUCAAUGUAGUCCUGACACGUUCAGGGAGUUUUGAUAUUGCAACUGCUGAGAAUGUUGUGAUGUGCGGAAGCAUGAAUUCUGCUUUGGAACUGUUAGCGGGAUCUCCUUAUUGCCUGUCAAUCGAAAAAGUGUUUGUUAUAGGGGGUGGAGAAAUUCUAAAGGAAACCCUCAAUGCACCUGGAUGCGAUGCUAUUCACAUUACAGAAAUUGAGGGAAACAUUGAAUGUGACACUUUCAUCCCAGCUAUUAAUAAUUCUGUAUUUCAGCCAUGGUACACAUCUUUUCCAUUGGUUGAGAAUAAAAUUCGAUAUUCAUUCACCACUUAUGUCCGGGUGAGGAAUUCAGUAGUUACAAACUGUAAUCCACCAAAUGAUGUGACUCCUCCUAGUAGCCCUGGUUCUGCUACGAUUGGGUACAAAACGUUCACUUUCUUACCUAAAAUGAUUUUUGAGAGACAUGAAGAAUACAAGUAUCUGAGACUUGUUGAAGACAUAAUUUCUAAUGGCACCUUAAAGGAUGAUAGGACAGGGACUGGAACUCUGUCAAUGUUUGGCUGUCAGAUGAGGUUCAAUCUUCGAAAAUCUUUUCCUCUCCUUACAACUAAGAAGGUUUUUUGGCGAGGUGUCGUUGAGGAACUUUUGUGGUUUUUAAGUGGUUCAACAAAUGCUAAGGUUCUACAAGAAAAGGGGAUUCAUAUAUGGGAUGGCAAUGCAUCUAGAGAUUACCUUGACAGCAUUGGUUUGACUGAGAGGGAAGAGGGUGACUUUGGACCAGUAUAUGGGUUCCAAUGGAGACACUUUGGUGCUAGGUAUACUGACAUGCAUGCUGACUAUACUGGCCAAGGAUUUGAUCAGCUGAUGGAUGUUAUCAGCAAAAUAAAAAACAAUCCUAAUGAUAGGCGGAUUAUACUUUCUGCUUGGAAUCCUUCUGAUCUCAAAUUGAUGGCACUUCCACCUUGUCAUAUGUUUGCACAAUUUUAUGUGGCCAACGGGGAGUUAUCGUGUCAAAUGUAUCAACGCUCGGCUGAUAUGGGUCUUGGAGUGCCAUUUAACAUUGCAUCGUAUGCCUUGUUGACAUGCAUGAUUGCUCAUGUUUGUGAUCUUUCUCCGGGUGACUUUGUCCAUGUGAUUGGGGACGCUCAUAUUUAUCGCACUCAUGUCAGACCUCUGCAGGACCAGCUUCAGAAAAAACCUAGACCUUUUCCAAUGCUGAAGAUCAAUUCUGAGAAGAAGGAUAUUGAUUCCUUUGAUGCUGCUGAUUUCGAGCUUAUUGGGUAUGAUCCUCACGAGAAAAUAGAAAUGAAAAUGGCAGUAUAG